UUUUACAAAAAUCUUGCUCAUUUUGUUCAAUUAUUGUAUUUGUUUAUCAACGAACGAAUCAGAAAAAAUUGGAUACAUGGGAUAUGAUCAUAUGUAAACGUUUACUUUAUUUAAUUCAAUCAGAUACAAGUAAAAUGUGUACAAUAGCUCCCCGUGGUAAAUCUUCUAAAAUGAAUUUGGAAAUGGAAUUUGAAAAAUUACAAACCUCAAAUUCGAAAUCGCUAUUGAAAAAGUAUUUGACUCCGGAAAUUUUUCAUAAACUUAAAGAUCAAAAAACACAGAUGGGAUCCACACUUAUGGAUUGUAUUCAAUCCGGUUUAGUUAAUCAUGAUUCUGGUGUAGGUAUUUAUGCUGCGGAUGCAGAUGCAUAUACGACAUUUGCCGAUUUAUUUGAUCCAAUUAUUGACGACUAUCAUAAAGGAUUUAGUAAAAAUAAAGUGCAUCCAGCAAAAGAUUUUGGUGACUAUAAAAAGUUAGGUAAUUUGGAUCCAGAAGGUAAAUAUAUAAAAUCAACCCGUGUACGAUGUGGACGAUCCAUUCAAGGAUAUCCGUUUAAUCCACGUAUGACUGUGGAACAUUAUAAGGAGAUUGAAGACGAAGUGUCAAAAACGUUGACGUCUUUAGAGGGGGAGUUUAAAGGAUGUUAUUACCCAUUAACUGGUAUGGCGAAACAGGUGCAAGAACAACUGAUUAAUGAUCAUUUUUUAUUCAAAGAAGGUGAUCGCUUUUUACAAGCUGCAAAUGCAUGUCGUUUUUGGCCUACAGGUCGCGGUAUUUAUUUCAAUAAUGACAAAACAUUUUUGAUAUGGUGUAACGAAGAAGACCACUUAAGAAUAAUUUCAAUGCAACAAGGUGGUGAUUUAGGUGAUGUAUAUCGACGUCUGGUGACUGGUGUCAAUGAAAUUGAGAAGAAAAUUACAUUUUCACAUGAUAAUCGAUUAGGUUUUCUUACAUUCUGUCCAACAAAUUUGGGUACAACGAUUCGUGCAUCAGUUCAUAUUAAAGUACCUAAAUUAGCAAGUGAACAACAAAAAUUGUAUAAUGUAGCUGAUAAAUACAACUUACAGGUCCGUGGUACCACAGGUGAACAUACAGAUGCUGUGGAUGGAAUUUAUGAUAUAUCAAAUAAACGUCGUUUAGGUUUAACUGAAUUUCAAGCUGUCAAAGAGAUGUAUGAUGGGAUUACUGAAAUUAUUAAAAUAGAAAAGGAUUUAUAA